AUGGCGCCGGUUGGGGACGUCUGCUUCGUUCCACCAUCUCGACAUGACCCACGCACUGGACUGACAGCUGUCUGGGCCGGCAGGAUCGAAGAGCUGUAUGCGGAGAUUGCGUACGCGCCCGACUCAGGCACGUGGCUAGAAACUCAGCUCAAAGAGAAAUUGAAUAAGCUGGAGAAUCUUGUUUCUUCCUUAGUGUCUCAGCAGACUCAACCAAAUGGAGAUGCUCAACUGCAGCAGUCACUCUCGAUGGCUGGAUCGUCGGCCUCUUUCACAGGUCCCGCCCAACCUACGGACAAGCUCACACCUAGCAGCCCGGACCCAGAUCAUCUCAAGGAAAGUCCGCGGCCAAUAGCGGGUGGAGAUGGCCAAGUCUCGUACGUCGACGCCAGUCACUGGCAGUCGGUGCUCGAAGAGCUGCGAGAAGUACGUGAGACACUGGCGACAAGCGAUGUACCUUCCGUGAGUAGUCAUUCGGAGGGGCCUUCCACAACUUCUCCACCGUUGUCGACAAUACCGAUGUUCUCCGAGAACACGCCGGCAACUAUCGAGGAGAUACUGACAGACCUGCCCACUCAACCUAUCUGCAGCAGUAUUCUUUCGCAGUUCUUCAACACGCCUUACUCAGUUCUUGCAAUCGUGCAUCCUGAACAAUUUCGAGUACAGUAUGAAAAGUUCUGGUUGGCACCCACAGAAGAACCGGACUUCAUCUGGCUUGCACUCUUGUUUGCCAUACUGUCCUUGGCUCUCAGCAUUCGGCGAACAAACAAGGACAACGCAGAGUCCUCCAUGCCGUCACCAAGAACUCUACAAAAACGUACUUCGCAAUGCCUCGUGAUCGGCGGCUACACCACAGCCAACAGAAAUGUGCUCGAAGCACUUCUUCUUCACAUGCAUAGCAGCUUCAUUACCGACAACUCGUCCUACCUACAAUUAUGGCUGGCACUCGGACAUACGAUCCAGCUUGCCUAUCGUCUCGCGUACCACCGUGAGCCGAGCAAGCUACAGAACUGCUCCGUUCUUGAUGCGGAGAUGCGUCGUCGCGUGUGGAUGCAUUUGGUACAGGUCGAUGCAUUGGGCUCCUUCCAGAUUGGUCUUCCUAGCUUGAUCCAAAACGAAAGCUAUGAUACAUCCUUACCGGGCAACUACGAGUUCUCCGAUUUAGAGGUCGGCAUGACUUCACUGCCGCCACCACGACCGUUGACACAUCGAACGCCGAAUCUAUAUGGAAUCUCGAAAGCACCAGUCAUGGCGAUGUUCAAAAAGAUCACCCAGCAUGUGCAAGCCCUCACACCGGUCACGUAUGAGCAGACGCUGGCUCUCGACCAGGAAAUGCGAGAAACGUACUCCAGAGUGCCUGCCCUGAUACAACGCAGAGAUGUUGACAAAGCAUUCAUGGAUAUUUCUGCGCUGAUCUGGGAUCGAGCAACGGUGGAGAUCCUCUACCUCAAGGGCCUUAUUGUUCUUCAUCGCCGCUACCUCAGGCACGAAACGGAAAAUCCAAAGUUCGAUAUCUCCAGAAGCAAAUGCGUCGAGGCGGCCCUCGAGAUCCUUGCCCGUCAGGCUGAUCUGCAUCAAGCGUCGCGACCUGGAGGACGGCUUUACGAAGACAGGUGGAUUCUGAGCUCGGUCACCACGACCUACGACUUCAUCCUAGCGGCGAUGGUGCUAUGUCUAGAUCUGUCUAUGCGCACGAAAAUUCAACCUGACAAGUCUACACAUGUUGUGGGCGUCGUGGAGCUGGACAACACUGCUCAACGGGAGUUGCUUGCUUUAAAGAUUGCACAUCAGAUCUGGAUCUCCGAAGAAAUCGUCUUCAAAGAGGUCGUCGUGGCGGCACGGACGCUAGAGCUUCUAAUCAAGUCUGUCGAGAGUUCUGCUGUUGCUGCUAGCGCUCCUGGUCCUCCUCCACAGAAUGGUACCAUUCUGAACUGGACGUCACCGCCUCCAGCAUACGGCGCAGCAGACUCUGGGUCGAAUGAUGUGGCUGCUGCGACUCACAUGCUCAGCGCUACAUCUGUGGCUGAUUCCAGCGGUCCACCUGCAAUGGCUGAUCCUAUGUGGGAUUUGAUCUACAGCAACGAUCCGCUUGAUUGGCCGUUGCUUGAUCAGUACUUUCAAGGAAGCAGCAACGCGAUGUCGUAUGAUAUUGGUGGUGACUGGGACUACAGUGCUGGGUUACAAGAUCCCCAAAACUAUCCGUAG